AUGGCGCUCCCACGAAAAGAGGAAUCGUCCUCGCACUUGCGCUUCAUCCAGUAUCAGCACAGUCUUGAGUCUGAAUAUUUGCCAGCCAUACGGUCACUCAUCUCUAAAGACCUGAGCGAGCCUUACAGCAUCUAUGUCUACAGAUACUUUCUUUGUCAAUGGGCCCAUCUCUGCUUCAUGGCCAUAAAUCCAUCCGACUCAUCCCUUGUCGGUGUCAUCAUUUGUAAACUAGAAGUUCACUCGUCUCACUCUCCACCGACUCGGCGCGGGUAUAUUGCUAUGCUGGCAGUCGAGUCGUCCUUUCGCGGCCAUGGCAUCGCAACAGCCCUCGUGCAACAAGCCAUCGACGCCAUGACCAAACGCAAUGCCGAUGAGAUUGUACUGGAGACUGAAGAAUCAAAUACGCCGGCCAUGAGACUCUACGAACGGCUGGGGUUCUUGCGGUCCAAAAAGUUGCAUCGUUACUACCUGAAUGGCAAUAGCGCCUAUCGACUCGUUCUCCCGCUAAGGAGCGUUGACUUCGACAUCGCCCAGGACUAUCUCACUGGGGAAGUGUCUUGA